AUGUUUGUGAUCCGCAUUAGCAUCAAGGUGGCAUUCACCAGCUUCAUGUGCGAGCUCAUGCUCACGGUGCCUAUAGCCAUCACCAAUCAGACCUUGGCGAUCUUCACGUUGCUGGCAGCGCCCACACUCUUCGACUUCCUGGUCAUGUACGUAGCUCUGAUCGGGCUGCAGAUGAUCGAGCGCAUCUACAUCGGCCCCAAUGAGGAUGUGGUCAUGGGCAAGUUGGCCGUCUGGAAGCAAACCUUCGACCGGUACAUGGCCUCCUUGAAUGCUGCAAAGCCCAAGAAAGCCGACGACGACGAGGAGUCGGAUGAUGAUCAGAAAAAGUUCGAGGAUGCGGAUCAGAUGGAGCUCGAGGGUGAAACCGAGGAGAUGAUCUCGUUCCUGGCGACGGUCUCCGCGGACAGCGUGGCCAACCUGGUGGUGCCCACCUUCUACGUGGCCCGGCGCGGCCUUGCGCCGUUGGGCGCGGGGGCGGAGGAGGCCACGCAGAGUCCCGCCUUCAAAGAAGCCGCGGCUUUGGUUGUGGACGGUGUCGAGGAGAGCAGCGAGGAGGAGGCACUGGAGUGGCUGCAGGCCGGCUUCGGGUGGACUGUGAAGAGCCGACGCUUCUGGCGGAAGGAGCGCGCGGACCAGGAGCCAGACGUCCAGGCAGUCAAGGCCACCUUGGCCUGGCUGCAGGAGAAAGACCUGGCGCGCAAGGCCUGGGUGAAGCGCUUCCCCGAGGCGCUGGGCCUCAGCGUGGAGCAGCUGGAGGAGGGCAAGGCCACUGCGCCCAGCUACCUCAAGAGUGACACGGCCUACAACAAGGCCAUCAAGUCCAACCCGCAGCUGCUGGGGAAGAACUAUGACUGCCUGGCGGAGCACGAGAGUUGCCAGGGCAAGUGCUCCAGGUGCUGGAACACCUGA